UAGAUCCUGGUGGGGUGUUGCGGCGUGGGUCGUGGAAUCCGUGGACUUCUGUCUUUUUUUGUGUUAAUCCCCACCCUGAAUUGAUGCAUUGCAAUUUUUAGCACCUUUAUUUCUAUGCACAACGUCACUUUUGCGAUAGAAGCCUUGCACGUAUAGAUUUUGCAGUGCAUUUUUUUCCCUCUCUGCCUUCGCAACUUUUUGCAUCACUUCUAAUUAUUCGAUUCACCUUCUUAGAGGAAGUGCACAAAGGAAUAUACAUACAUAUAGAUACAUAUUUUUUAAGAAGACGUUUCCCCCGGCUUGUACGAUUCCCGAUGCCGAGAAGAUGGAUAAAGAUCGGAAGAUGGUAGAGAAGACGCCGGGGGGUGACGGGGCUGCAGCUGCCGCCGGGAAGCCUGGGGUGUGCACGGCCCCAGCUGCAGCAGAGACCGCGGAGAGCAGGCUGGCCCUGUCCGCCCGGCAACAGUGCGAGCUCAUCCAGAACAUGAUCGACAUCUCCAUGUCCAACCUGCGGGGGCUCCGCACACAGUGCGCCGCCUCAAACGACCUCACGCAGCAGGAGAUCAGGACCCUGGAGGCAAAGCUGAUGACCUAUAUAAGCAAACAGCUUCAGUGCAAGCUUCGUGUGCCUCAUGUUGAAAGAACAGAGAUGCUAAACAGUUAUCCAAGAAUAAGCGACUGGCUGCACACUGUCAAUAUGAAGAAUGAGGUUGUACAGAAAAUUGCAGAAGAUGUAACACUAGAUGCCUUAUUGGAAAUGAAUGAACUAAAGGUUAAAGAAACUAUGAAGAAAUACGGAGCAACCACAGAGGAAUGUUCCAGGCUUAAUGGAGCCCUCACCUGCUUAAAGAAACUGGCACGUUCAGGUGGCGAUAUGAAGGAUACAUCGUGGAAUCCAAUUGAAACACGCAAAGAAAGUUCUUCCCAAUUUCCCAACGAUCUCUCCUCACCAGUGGGCACAGUAUGGACUCUGAACUCUCAGCUUCCGAAGGCCAAUAGCCACCAACCGCGUUCCGUAUCGGUGUCUGCCAUUCCUCUAUCUGACUCCCUUGUCUCGAGCCAAGGAUCUUAUUAUUAUGCAGAUAAUCAGGACCCCUUUUCUUCCCCAACACCCAACAGAUUAAUGCUUAGGACUCCCCAUGGUAUUACUAUCACCCCACCCACAACUCCACAGUUAAAGAGGCCCAUGAAAUUUAAGCCUCCCCGGACACCCCCUCCACCCAGUCGUAAGGUGUUUCAACAGCUGCUGCCCAACUUCUCAACACUCAAAAGGAGCAAGUCUCAUGAAUCACAGCUUGGAAACCGGAUAGAUGAAGUCCCUCCUGUAAAGUUCGAUGUUCCUCAACUCCAAGGUUCCCCACAGAUGGUACGGCGAGAUAUAGGAAUCUCUGUAACACACCGGUUUUCUACAAAAUCUUGGCUUUCUCAAGUUUGUCAUGUAUGCCAGAAAAGCAUGAUGUUUGGAGUCAAAUGCAAACACUGCAGGUUAAAAUGCCACAAUAAAUGCACGAAAGAGGCCCCUGCAUGUAGAAUAUCAUUCCUUCCUAUACAACCAAAAAUAAGAAGAACAGAGUCUGUUCCUUCUGACAUUAACAACCAGGUGGACAGACCAGCAGAACCUCACUUCGGAACCCUUCCCAAAGCACUCACUAAGAAGGAACACCCUCCAGCAAUAAAUCACCUGGAUUCAAGCAGCAAUCCAUCUUCUACCACCUCUUCAACGCCUUCAUCUCCAGCACCUUUUCAGUCCUCAAACCCCUCCAGCGCAACUACUCCCCCAAAUCCAUCUCCAAUGGGCCAGAGAGACAGUCGCUUCAGCUUCCCAGAAGUCUCCAUUCCACUGCAAAUAACCCAGCCACCUGAGCCUUGUGAAAAUCCCAGUGCGGAGGGUGAAAUGGAGACUGAAGUAGUAGAAGAACAAGAUGCAGAGGCUGAGGAGCAAGACGCCAACAAGUCUGAGCCAGAGUAUGAUGAUGAUGAGCUAGAUGAGCUUCCUCCCACCAGGUCCACAAGUGGAACUUUCAGGGGAAUGAUCUUCCGCAAGGCCAGUCAGACCAGCGUGUAUCUGCAGGAAUGGGACAUUCCGUUUGAGCAAAUCGAACUUGGGGAGCUCAUUGGCCAAGGGAGGUGGGGUAAAGUUUUUAGAGGCAAGUGGCAUGGGGAGGUAGCCAUCAGAUUAUUGGAGAUUGAUGGAAAUAAUCAAGACCACCUGAAGUUGUUCAAAAAAGAAGUUAUGAACUACAGGCAGACGCGUCACGAGAAUGUGGUGCUUUUCAUGGGAGCCUGCAUGCACCCUCCACACUUGGCCAUCAUCACCAGUUUUUGCAAAGGGAGGACACUUCACUCAUUUGUUAGAGAUCCCAAGACUUCCCUGGAUAUCAACAAAACCAGACAAAUUGCACAAGAGAUUAUAAAGGGUAUGGGAUAUCUACAUGCCAAAGGCAUUGUCCACAAAGAUUUAAAAUCCAAGAAUGUAUUUUAUGAAAAUGGAAAAGUCAUCAUCACUGACUUUGGGUUAUUUGGGAUUUCAGGAGUGGUUCAAGAAGGAAGACGUGAGAAUGAAUUGAAGUUAACACAUGAUUGGCUGUGUUACUUGGCCCCAGAAAUUGUUCGUGAAAUGGCCCCAGGAAAAAAUGAAGACAAGCUACCUUUCUCGAAAGCUGCUGAUAUUUAUGCUUUUGGAACUGUGUGGUAUGAACUACAAGCUAGAGACUGGCCAUUCAAAAGCCAAGCAGCCGAGGCUCUGAUCUGGCAGAUUGGAAGUGGUGAAGGUGUAAAGCAAGUCUUGUCUACAAUUAGCGUGGGGAAGGAAGUGACUGAAAUCUUAGCAGCAUGUUGGGCUUUUGAUGUCAGUGAAAGACCAAGGUUUACGCUCCUCAUGGAAAUGCUGGAGAAGCUGCCAAAACUGAACCGACGGUUGUCCCAUCCAGGGCACUUCUGGAAAUCCGCAGACAUUAACAGUAGCAAACUUGUCCCCCGUUUUGAAAGGCUUGGCCUGGGAAUCUUGGAGCAGGGUAAUCAAAAGAUCUAGACUGCUAUGGAAUGUCCAAUUCUAAAUUUCACUCCUAACACUGCAGAAUCCAGCAGGUUUGAAUUGAAACAGAUUGCAGACACACUGAUGACUCCCUUUUUUUGGUUACUGAGUUCUUUUUAACCCAUUCUGCACUAAACAGGAGCAAUGCUGUGUCACCAGACCUUUUCAGUGCUGAAUGGUUUACGCCUUAAUCCUACCUGCUGUUUAUGUUGUUUACAUAUGGUUUUAGGUAUGUGAGCUGUUUCUUGAUGGAAAAUAAUAAAUGUGACUGACUUUUUUUGUUAAAAAUGUAUGUGUAUAUGUCUGUGUUUUGUAUAUAUGUGUAUGUAUGAAUAUAUAUGUUAAUAUAUUCAUAUAUCUAUAUGUAUGAAUAUAUAUAUGUAUAUAACACACAUGUACUUUUUUAUAAGCUAAUGAUCAGUUGAAAUCUUCACUUUUAUGGUAUAAAUAAAAUUACUUUCCUCCAUCCCUAA